AUGUCCUACAAUGCCGCUUGCACCCAUGCGCGCUACCACAACGCCAGGGGACGGCAACUGGAUCAGGACUAUGAGGUCUUUCCGAAGAAGGUCUUGGGCGAGGGAUGCAGCGGCCUGGUGGUCAUGGCGAAAGGUCGGACCGAUGGACGGAUGUAUGCCUUGAAGAGGAUCCACAAGCUCAAGGUCCAACCGAAAGUCUUGAAACAACUCACAGCAGAAGUAGAGAUCUACUUGAUGCUGGACCACCCGCACAUUGCGGCGCUCCGCGACGUCUACGAGACGGACAGCGAGAUCGCUCUCCUCACCGAGUGCUGUGAGGGUGGUGAGCUCUACUCUCGCCUUAGCAGCAGCGGCACCUACGCCGAGGCGGACGCCGCGAAUGCCACGCACCAGAUGCUGCUGGCGGUGGGCUACCUACACGCCCACCAUGUCGUCCAUCGGGAUCUGAAGCUGGAGAAUUUCCUCUACGAGAGCUCGGAUCCCAACUCCUUGUUGAAGUUGAUCGACUUUGGCUUUGCGAAGAUCUGGGACCCUUCCACCUUAAUGAUGGCCUCGUGCGGGAGCAUCGCCUAUGUGAGUCCCGACGUGCUCAAGGGUGAAGGUUACACCAACAAGUGUGACCUAUGGAAGCUGGGCGUGAGCUGGGACGCAGGUGCCAACAUUCUUUGCGCCAACGUGGACUGGAGCCAUAAAAGCCGGUGGCGGAAGGUCUCAGAAGAUGCAGUGGACUUCGUCAAGUGUCUUUUGGUGAGGGACCCGCUGCAACGCAUGGAUGUAGGCGCAUGUGUGGCGCAUGCACUCGCGCGCCUUCUGUGCGGUUGGGCAUGGGACCCGCUGUGA